GCACCUUUAUUGUUAUGGCUUUCGCACGUGUCUGUCAAACUGACAAAGCGGGAAACAAAGCUGACCGAAUACACUCGAUUAAAUCUGUGUUUUUAGAUUUAUAUAAGUCCCUCAUCCAAGCAUUUCGAUUUGCUAAUAUUAAUUUCGAUGACAAGAGAUUAAUGAAUUUUUCACGAAACUGAAAUGGAGGAAGAAUCUGUUGACAGACAUCCCUGGGCUAAUUUAACCACAAUAGCCAAGUUUGAUGAAGGUGAAGAUCAUUGGACAACAAAGUGCGUGGAUAAUUCAUCAAAAUUGAAGUCUCAAAAUUACGUUGUGGAUCAAAUUUCCUCUGCUACAAGUUUGCUUAUAGAGUCAUUAUUGCAGCAAUUAUGUACAAUGUUGGAAAAAUGUCCAUCGCGCAGAAAAAGGCUAUACUUUGCAAUUUGCAAUAAGCUGCACGAGAUGAAAUUGAUUGACAACUCUUACCAUAUAUCAGAUUUUGAAAUGAUAAGAAACCAUUAUCAACAAGCAUUAUAUCAUUUGGUGUCUGCAGCUCGUGUAUCGAUACAUAAAGAACCUAUUUUAGAUAUAUCUAGUUGUUACAUAAAUGAUUGGAGUCGAUAUCACCAAGAAUUUCAAGAAAUAUGUUUUAUUAGUUCCGGUGGAUUUGGAAACGUUUUCAGAGCGCUCAACCGUUUGGAUGGAAUUGAAUAUGCAAUUAAAAAGAUAGUUGUUAAAUCUCACAGAGUUAAAUCUGUCAUGCAAUACUUGGCGGAAGUUAAAACACUCGCGAGAAUGAAUCAUACCAACAUAGUUCCAUAUAAAGCUGCAUGGAUUGAGCCUAGCCUAGAGCCAACGCCAAUUAAAUGUUUAUCACAAACCAAUCAUGACAGAGACAGUCACAGUUCUGAUGUAGAACUCUCCAGUUCGGACAGUAAAGUGCACCAAAGUCAAGAUGUUGGCAGUAAAGAAUUAAAAUCAAAUUCACUUUAUACGAAGCAAGUAAUCGUAAACGGUCAAUCAGAAUUUAAAGAAGAAGUUCAUUCUAACAGUGUUUCAUUUAGACACGAAAUUGAAGAUUUAAAUUUAAAACACAGCUAUUGUAAACAGGAUGAAGUAGAAGAUUUAGAUCUUCUCAGUAACACAGAGGAGAGUGAUUCACGUGGCGAAUUAAAUAAGCAUAACCAAUUAUGCCAGUACAAUAAGAAGAGGCAACAGUGUUCAAUCCUUUACAUUCAAAUGGGGUUAUGUGACAAAACUUUAAGAGAAUGGAUGGAUGAAAGAGUGUCUUCAACACCUCAGCCUGUAAUUACAGAAAUUGUUAAACAAAUUUUAAAUGGUUUGGAAUACAUCCAUACACUUAACAUAGUUCAUCAUGAUAUUAAGCCAAGUAAUAUAUUCAUUUCUUCUUCUGGAAAACUUCAUAUACAACUUGGUGAUUUUGGUUUAGCGUGUCCUUUACAAAGUGAAAGUAAUCAUUCUGAACUUGGAACGCCCAUGUAUGCCGCUCCUGAACAACUAAAGGGGGAAUGCAAUCCAAAGAGCGACAUGUACAGUUUGGGAAUUGUUUUGAUUGAAUUAUUACUUCCAAUGCAAACUUUUAUGGAAUUUAGUCGCAUUGUCGAUUCUGUAAAAUCCGGAAAUAUACCAAUAAAACUCACUACAGCAUAUCCAAAAUGGGCAGUGAUUGUAAGUAAUCUUCUUCAAAAGGAUUCAACAAAACGUCCUUCCACCAGCGAAUUGCUCGAUGAAUUACAAACAGAUCAGGAAUCAGUUAUUACUGAACUGAAACAGGAAAAUAAAGAAAAGGGUCUUCUUAUUAAUGAACUUCAAGAAAAAGUACUUGCUCUGGAAAGUGAAGUUAGUAGACUGAAAUUAUUAUUGAAUACGUCCAAGAUUUAAUUCUAAGAGAUCUUUGACAAUAAAAGACAUUAUUUAAUAAAACAUUGAAUUUAACAUUAUUUAAGUCAAAUAUUUUUUAAAAGACAUUUUUCUUUUUUAUAAUAUAAAAGAUUUUAGAUCAUUAUUUAAAUGGUUAUAUUGUAUUAGUUGUGAAUAAAAUAUUUAUUUUAUCGCUGUAAGUAUAAAAUGACACAUUGACUAUUGAAAAGUCAUCGCAAUCAUUAGCACUUGACAAUCUGUAAAUAAUUUAAAACUGUUUUCCAUUUUAGUGUUUCUGUAUUUUUAUAAUAUAAUAAAACUUGGAUGUUAAUAUAUUA